GUUGUCGUCGUGGUUAUAAGAAAAAUCCCUGAAAUUGAAAAAAAGCACAUACGCUAAGCUCGAUUGUUCCCACCAAAAGCAAAUGGCGGCGAUUUCUUCUCACCUUUUGGUCCGAUCAGACAAACUCUCUCUUUCCUCUCCGUUUUCUUCUUUCUCUGGCCAGAAUCUCCGGCGAUCGCCUGGAUUUUCCGGCAAGUUCACCAGCAUUUCCGUAUCUUCUCCGGCGACACUCCCAAAAAUUUCGUGCCAGACCGCCUCUGCUACUUCUCCACCUUCGUCCCUAGACAAUGGAACAGCAAAAGCAGAACUGAAGGAUUUUCUGCAUAUAAGUGAUUUUGACAAAUCUACCAUUUUAAAGAUCUUAGAUCGAGCUGUGGAGGUCAAGGCACUUCUAAAAUCAGGAGAGAGGACGUAUCUCCCAUUUAAGGGGAAGACUAUGGCUAUGAUCUUUGCAAAGCCAUCUAUGAGAACACGUGUUUCAUUUGAGACUGGGUUUUUCUUGCUAGGAGGUCAUGCAAUAUACUUAGGACCUAAUGAUAUUCAGAUGGGUAAGCGGGAGGAAACUCGGGAUGUGGCACGUGUUUUGUCUCGCUAUAAUGACAUUAUUAUGGCACGUGUCUUUGCUCAUCAGGAUAUCCUUGACUUGGCUAAAUAUGCAACUGUACCUGUUGUCAAUGGCUUGACAGACUACAACCAUCCCUGCCAAAUUAUGGCUGAUGUCCUCACUAUCAUCGAACACGUUGGUCAGUUAGAAGGAACUAAGGUUGUCUAUGUUGGAGAUGGAAACAACGUUGUUCACUCUUGGUUGUUGAUGGCUUCGGUUAUUCCUUUCCACUUUGUUUGUGCCUGUCCCAAAGGUUUUGAACCAGAUAAGAAAACAGUUGAGAAGGCGCAACAGGCAGGCAUCAGCAAGAUUGAGAUCACAAAUGAUCCAAAGGAAGCAGUCAAAGGAGCUGAUGUUGUGUACUCAGAUGUGUGGGCCAGCAUGGGGCAAAAGGAGGAGGCUGCAUAUCGCCAUCAAGUUUUCCAAGGAUUUCAGGUGGAUGAAAAUCUUAUGAAGAUAGCAGGGCCAAAAGCCUAUUUCAUGCAUUGUCUACCAGCAGAAAGAGGAGUGGAAGUGACUGACGGAGUGGUUGAGGCUCCAAAUUCAAUUGUGUUUCCACAAGCGGAGAAUCGCAUGCAUGCACAGAAUGCUGUCAUGCUUCAUCUGCUUGGGGUUUAAUUGCAUAUGAGCCCCAGUAAUGGAAGUCAGAAGGUGCCUUGUGUAGCAGUUGCAUUCACAACAAUAUAAGAAGGUUCCUUAUUUUUAAAAAAAAAACCAAUAUAAGGAGGUUUUAAGUUUAGAGAUACUUUCAGCUUAAAUAGGUGCAGAGUUUUGUUCAUUCGGGUUUGUACACUUGUUUUCUCUGUGGCGUGGUUGGAACCAGUCGGAUGCAAACUUAAACGCAUUGUGUUUAGUUUUAAGUACUUGGAAGGAACAAUUAUGAAUGCCAUUUUGUUCUUGCAA